CUUAUUCACAUUGAUGAUGAAGAACAGAAACCAGCAAGUAGCAUUGGUAGCAGUAUCGUUAGUAGUGACAGUGCUGAGGGCAGUGAGAAUCAUGUAGACAAGAACAAACCUAGCGAGCUUUUAGAAUGCACGACGUUUCCUCUUGAAGCAGCAAAACUGAAGGAAAUUAAUGGCUCACCUAACUGCCUGCCGCAGUCGUGUUUGACGGAUCCUAAACCACCGACAACAGAAAUGUGCGAAACUUCGCAAUCCAGCGUUGACGAUAUCAUUAGCGCUGAGGACUCCUGCGGCCUGGUGAAUGCCACUUCCAGCGGUUUUCCUGAACCGAUAAGCCUCAGCAAGAAAGCUCUUCAUCAGCGGGAUGCCGAUGAAAAUCUGUUUCUUCGAUUCUUGGAGCUGGAUCCACCGCUGGAAGCCGGAGGCGUCCCAUCGACUCCUCGACGAAGUUCAAUCAGUUCCAACAAACCCAACCCUGGUAGAACUCCUUUCACCAUAACGAAACGAUUGACCCGAAUUGGCGACAAGGGAUUCGGAUUCUCCAUUGUCUGGACGCAUCCUCCACGGGUGGAGAAGGUGGAGCCAGGGUUGUCCGCAGAAAAAGCCGGUAUCCUACCGGGAGACUAUGUGGUAUUUGUUGACAAGCACAACGUCGUAACGAUGCCUGAGCUGGAUGUGCUGAACCUAAUCAAGACCCAAGGCAACACGCUACUGCUGGAAAUUUUUCGACGUCCACAACGACCGUCCAAUGGCCUACGACCGGGAAAUUCUGGUGCUACAUCCACUAGUAAUCUAUUGAAUUUUGCACCCUUCAGUGCUCAGGUGCAGUUCCACCAGCAACAACAGCAACAGUUGCAGCAGCUACAGGAAGAGGAACCAUCGUUGAAACCCUCAGUCGCUCCAGCCCGUUCGUCCACCGCGUGUUCCAACAUCUCGAUCGAAACCGCCAAGCGGAAACUCAACCUUCCCCAGGUCACAUUCAGCAAAGAGUCCAUACUGCAGCAGUUCCCCGACGAUCAUCGACGAAAGUUCCUGUACCAGCUGAUCAGCAGAGAGCAGCACUUUGUGACGGCAAUCAACUUUGGAAUUGAUCGCUUUGUGAACCCUCUAAAGGAACGAAAGGACCUCAUCUCGCCCAACGAUCACAAAACACUCUUUCAAAACAUCGACGAACUAUCACGAAUAUCUGAAGACAUCCUAGAGCAAAUCAUCCAAGAUGAAACCGAGCCUCAAAUCCACUUUGCAUCCCGCGUUUAUCUGUCCAAAUGUACGGCCCUGUGUGCGGCCUACAAAAAGUAUUGCAAUGGCCUCAAGAAAGCCGACUGUGUGCUGGUCAACAAAUCGAGAAACAGUAGCUGUGAUUUUAUGCGUUUUAUUACGGAGCCACCGGUGCCAAGGAAACGUCCAGAUCUGACCACCUUCAUCCAUCGACCUUUGCAGCAUUUUAGGGAAAUUUUAAAGCUAGUGCAGAUGAUCGCCUCCCAUUGUCGUGUAGAUAGCGAAGAACAUAACAACUUCAACAGUAUUAUUAAUGAAUUACAGCUGGCGUAUCGAGAGAUUACCGUAGGUGGAGGCCUAAUGGAACCAAUUGGAGAAGGUCGACCGCUGUUGACAUUACAAGAUCUGGAAGCCCGGAUGGUGUUCACCAAGUGUAAACCAUUUCAACUGGCUUCGCACGGGAGGCAAUGGAUUUUUGGUGGCGAUUUGUCGCGUGUGGAAGGCCGUUCGGUGAAACCGUACUGGACUUUGCUGUUCAGCGAUAUCCUUCUGUUCGCCAAGGUUAGCCGGGAUCGAGUGUUAUUUAUCACGGAAGAGCCAAUUGCACUAUCGACGAUAACGGACUCCUGUUUCAACAUAAGGAAAAAGAACACUGAAUUCCGGAUAACCACCGAUCCAAACGGCCGACAGAUAGAAAGUCCAACCGUUCAUUGCGCGCCAGAUUUGACCAGGACCCCGAAAAGAAAUUCCAAGAAACGAUGCAUAGUGCUGCGGGCACCAUCAACCGAGCUGAAAGCAGUGUGGCAAAACCUUCUUACGAGACAAAUCUUUCUUGUCAACGCAACACUCGGAUCAACGCCGCUGAGUAGCCCACUGGAUUCCCCGGACAUCAUGCAAACGUUGGUACCCAUGGGAGAUAUUGGCACGGCAGCAGCGUCAAUGGCAUCCGUCAAGGUACCGUCGCUGGACAGCAUCCAUCUCAAGAAUCAACAGUCAAGGUCAAGUAAGGUCCCCAAGCAGGUUGAGGAAAUGAUCGAUGAAAAAUGCAGGAGCCUGAAUAAAACAGGUGUACCGAAAGGUAGUGCCCUGCAUCUAGCCCAGUGGAUGAAGGGCCAGCUAGACAAGCAAGUAGUGGAGUCCGAUCCAAUCGAUUCCGAUCCAGAAGCGGCGAUCGAAGAAUGGUCCCUUGAACAAGUUGCGAAUCGAUCCAAGGAGUUGAAGUUGGUAGAUACCGAUGGAAAUGUCUGUAAAGCAAUAAACGGGGCAGGGUCGCACAUAAAGUUGACUGAAGGUCACCUGGAGGAUAGCUCCACGUACGAUGGAGAUGAUGACAACCGAAGUGUAUCCAAAAGUACGACGUCGGAUAGUCAGAUAACCGUACGAUCGAGUCCUCUAAGCAAUAAGGUAGACACCAUAUCCGUCUGCCGGCAGUGUCACAAAAACUGUAAGAGCCGCAUGAACUCACCCAGUAGUAAUUCGUUAACAGUACAGCACAGUCAGACGUCAUCCAUCCGAUGUUGUGUGUCUUCCUCAACGACCACCAGCAGUCUGCACAAGAGUGCGAACUCCAACUCCAGCAUUUCUUCCACUAGCACUCUAACGAUGCAGAGCAAGUCACCAACGAAAGUGGAAGAUACUCACGUAACCUCAGUUUUACCAGAUACCCCAGACUCUGCCCACAAGUCAUCUCAUAAACAUUCGCCUCCAGCAGCGCUCAGCCUCAGCAACUACAAGUCCAAGUGCCAAACGCCCUGCCACUGCAAGUGUACUCCAAAAGACUUCGAGAAGACCACGAUCAGUCCGGAUGAAGUCCUCCACGAACGAGUCAAGAUACUAAAAAAUGUCAACGAAGUUAAUGCCAAUACAGGUUCCCCCAAGCUCAACGGACAUCAGACCACCUUGCACGAGCUGCGUACCAGUAGAUGUGAUAGUAGCAAAUGUGAUUCCAACGAUAACAAUAACAUCGAAGACUGGUCGUUGAUGUUGAUCGGUUUGGCCCAAAUAAAUCCUGCAGCAUCGCUUGUCCAUAUGGAUCCAUUCGAAGCCGUUCCCACAAUUUCAGUGGUUCCACCAACACCUGAUGCGCUCAACAGCAACAACAACAGGCAACCCAUGUCCCUGAACUGGAGCGAUUCCAAUCGCUUACAGCUGGGGAUGAUCAACGAAGACAACGGGGCGGAUAACGAUGAAUAUUCUCCGGAUAACUCUCCGGAAGAUGAAGUGGCGGAACCUCCGUAUCGUGCACUGAGCACCGGUAUGAAGCGAUACGGAACGAUGUCCAGUUUGGAACGGGUGCCGUCCGAUGAAACCGACAAAACCUACAAUUCGUCCGAGGAAGACUCCGAAAACGACAUUAAAAUCGUUACCAAAGAAGUCUACGACGAUAACGCUCAAACGUUCAUGAACUGGACAGCACGGGCUGGUAAUUUCAUCGAGGAAUCUCGAGCUUUCAUCGAUCGAUAUCUCGGUCGGGGUACCACCGCCGAUGAAGACUUGAACAAAGAGGAUAUCGACUUCGAGGAGGAUGUCGUCGAAGGCGAAACAUCGGUAACAUCCGGCGAAGAGGUUUGGGGAACUCCAACGAGUGGAGGCGAAAACGAUGACAUGCAGAUCUUCGGCAGCAUUGAGCAAACACACUCGUCUCCAACAAAGUCAUCAUCUUCCUACACUGGAGAUGACGACACAGAACUGAUGAUGGACGAACUGCUGAUGGCACCACCAAUGACUGCAAGCGCUGUCCGAGGACUCUUGCCAAGACGCAAGCUAGAACCGUUAUUCGAAGAGGAGAGCGAAAGCUGUGAGGAAUCGGACGACGAUAGUAAGCCACUGAGUGGGCGAGAUAAACAGGGGCAAGCGGUGGAAAGAAAUCCUCCGGAUUAUGUGGACUUAAGAGGUUCCACCGAAUCCGACUCAGUAAGUACAACUCCGUUGUCCACUCCGCUGCUGGAAACGAGGGAGACGGUGAAGACGACCACACCAGAAGAAAGCUAUGGGAGUGCUGCUGACAAAUGCUCUGCAUCUGUGCAGCUCCCGAACAUCGGGAUGCCCUCUGUAAGCGGUACAGAUCGUUUCGGGGCGAACUCCGGUGUUGCGCCGAUCCUCACGUUGCCUCCUCCGCCGUCUACCGCCCCACCACCACACCUAUACGGACUCAGUCCAAGGCUGGAGAUGCGUUUAGCACUGAAUCACGACAUUCUCGGAGACGAAGACUUGAUCAGCUACAGUCCGGCACCGGACUUGACUUCGAUUCUCGGGCAAGACCUCUCCACAUACCACCGGAUGAGCGGGAAGGACAUCAUCAUGAACCGGAUCAUCAACCGGGUGAACAGUUACAACAGUAUUCCGGGAGUAGUGGCCAAGCUUACCACGACCACUUCUUCAGCCGCCAACAACAGCAAUCAACCGACACGACCCAGUUCCAGCAAUUCAAUUUCUCCGACCACCAGCGCCAACCAGUCGCUGAAAAACGGAACGAGCUCAUCAUAUCAACAAAACAAUUCAAAGAUGGAUACUCCUACGCCCAACCGGCGAAAAGCUCAAGAUCCAGCUACCUGGAACAGUUUUGGGUCUGUGGAUCGCGAAGAAAAGACUCUGUCGGACCUGGAGCGUUUAGCGAGGCGAGAGAAAGUCUACUGCAUGACACAACUGAAUCAGAACGGAUCCCACCUGAAACAUACAGCUAGUUUCAACAAAUCCAAAACUUCCAAACUAUUCAACUUUUUAUCGCGGCGAAAUUCGGAGAGCACUCUGCAGGGCUUCUUUGGAUCGUCGCGAGACAGCGGUGACGAUGUUCCUACUUCACAUUCGGACUCGAGCCGGAUGAACUCGCCUCGGAAGGAAAACGACAAAUCAUUAGACCGACGAUUUUGGAAGCAACUCAGCAAACGGCGUCGUGGCAGUCAAACCGAGCUCACAGCCAAUGGUUCUUGAACUACCGACAAUGACACCGGGCAAUGGCAUUUAUAAAACCCCAUAACCUAAUCCAUCUACAAGAGCCAUUCUAAUACUGGGAUGAUCGCAACAAGGACAAAUUGGAUCCGAAUUCCGAUUUCCAAAAAAUAAAAAUGAAUUUAAACGCUAAGCAAACCUAUCUACCUAACAAGUUUUAGCAAAUAUUUCGCACCAUAAGAAUCUCUGAGAUUAGUUCGUUCGUAGAUAGUAUGAUAUAUACAAUAAUCAACAAAAGUAAUGCAAACCGUUCGUUAAAACUUAUUGUCCUCUUCGUGCCCCUCCCCCCUACACCUUGUACUCUCUGAAGUGUUGUGUUUUUCUAUGCGUUGUAAUGUGUUUACAGGAUUAGCAGUACAACUUCCAACAUGUAGGAUUUGGAAUGAGUGUGUAGUAUUGGAAAAUGGAAAUUCGAUAAUCAUGGUUGAAGUGAGAACUACCUUAUGGCAAAUAUUGGGAAGUCGGAACACAAUAAUUAGGAUUUAGGUCAAGUGAACAUUUAGCAAUGCUGGCUUCGAAAACGAAGAUGACAGCAAAUGUAGGACAACAACAGAGCGAAUCAAUUCGUGAUAGUAGAUAAUAAAUUAUGUUUUAGUUGUUUAUUUGGUAGAAAAUCGGUAGUUAACUUUAUCUAACAUUGAGAGAGUUUUGAUAAUACCAUAGUUUAGGAGUGGACAGUGUUUUGCUAGUGUGUAUAUAUUUUUAUCUGUGAAUUUUAAAAUACAAAAUUUGUUACAACUCGCAUGAAUCAAAUACGAACAAUGAACCUUACAGGAAGCAGGAGGCAUUUGUCAUCGCAGUGAUAUUCAGAAUGAUAUGAUUAUUAUUGAUGGCUUUAGAUGCAAUCAUUACGACUAAUUUAAGAUCACAUUUGACUGUGGUUUUAUUGAAGUAUGCAAUUUUAUCUUAAACGGUAUGUCAUUGUGCGUAGUAGGUUUUAUGUUUCUGUUAGAUGUAGCACUUCAAAAACAGGUCAAUUCGAUGCCAUCAGUAAGUAAAACGGGUCCCGUCCUAACUUUUUAUGACGUAAAUUAAGCACCAUUUUAUUCAGAACGAUACAUCAGUCCACUAUAUAUCCACGCCAAAGAAUUCAGUUUUCAUUCAAACGUCCAACAUUAUUUCCAAUUCCGUCGAAUCAAUUCCACUUCACUCGUGUAAUUAAAAGUCCCACUUUUAAAAAUAACGUUUCCAGUAACAAAAAAUAAUCUUAAUGAACACAUAAAUUUUAACGGUUCCAUCUGAAAUAAGUAAAAUAAAAUAGAUAACGGAAAACGCCAAAUCACACAGCUUUACCGAAAAGAUUCAAUACGAUCAUUCAGUCUCUUUCAUAGCUAAGUAAGAAUUCAUUGGAUCGAAAACGUACAUCAGGAGAUAAACUUACUAGCAUAAUUAUUCACAGGCAAAUCAAAAUCUUUGCAAUUUUAUCAAACUCCAAAUCAACCGAACGAUCAUUCAAGAAGUAAGAACAAAAUAGACACAUAGAAUACAUUAGUUCCAAAAAUGGCAACUUUCUGCAGAUUUCAAACACCGAUUCCAAAACAAGUACAGUCAUGCAAAUAGGUAACGAU